UGAACUCCAUUCCGGAGAUAUUUCCUUCUUUGCCUCCUAAUUCCAUGGAUUCCAAGUCCAUCUCAUCGCCUUCCGAGGCAUGCCCGGAGACGAUGGACUUUCUUUCGCGUACUUGGUGCGACUUUGCGGUUCAAGCUCUACAACCCGAGGUACAUGAUCGAUCAGUCAUCGUCGUAGACAAUCCGAUCAAGACAUUUGAGAGUGAUUCCCCGAUGUCGUUAACUAGGAUGGAGAAAAGCACAAAGACUGAUGCUACUGAUUUCAAGUCUUCUUUGCCACCAUGGAAAUCAAAUGAUGUGAAGUCAUGGAUAUGGAUGCAACAAGCUAUGCAUCCGGAACUGAAUUACAACAGCUGUUUUCGAAAGAAAUGGAUGCCGUGGAAGAUAUCCCCCUUCAAGGGCAUUUCAAUCAAGACAUGGUUGAAGGAGAUUAAAGCAAAGAGGAAGGAAGAAGAUAGACUACAAAGAGCCGAAGUGCACGCGGCAAUGUCAGUGGCAGGUCUAGCAGCAGCACUGGCUGCGAUUGCGGCUGAGAACUCGAAACGGAAUGAUUGUAACCCGGCCAAGGAGGCUGUGAUAGCCUCGGCAGCUGCUCUGGUUGCCGCACAAUGCGUUAAAGUGGCGGAAGCGAUGGGGGCUAAGGAGCAGCAGCUUGGCAGUGUUAUAGGUUCGGCCAUGAGUGGGACGAGUGCAAGUGAUAUCUUAACACUAACAGCUUCCGCUAACACAUCAUUAAAAGGAGUUGCUACACUUAAAGCAAGAACAGGAUGCAAGAACAGAUUCAAUAAUAGUGCUCCCAUCCUUCCAAUCGAGGACACCGAUGAUUUUCCGUUCGAGUUCGAGAAGUGCAGGUCAAUGCUGGCAAAGGGCACAGAGCUAGGCGUAGAAACACCAGAUGGGAAAUACAAGUUCAGAUCAGUGUCCAUAGUACUUGAUGGUGAAUCAAAGGUCAUUCUUAAACUAAGGAAGCUCAGCCUGUUAAAAAGCAAGAAAGAAUGCAUCGUACUGGACCUGCAUGCCGAGUUGUACCGAGAUCCCGAAGCCGAUGAGAUGACCGACACAUGCUACCUGAUCGUGUUUACGACGAGUUCCGGGACGAUUAAAAUAGACAUGGUGGAUGAUUACCAGUGUUAUAAGACAUGGGCAACCACCAUUAGUCACAUGCUCAUGCUGUCCACUUGUUUUACCAAAUAUCAACUUCCGUUCCACAAGAACUGAUGUUACUGUGUUUUUCGGUUAUUCGCUGCAUGUAUCGAUCGAUUUCGAAUACUUUUUUUUAUAGUAUUGUAUAUUGAUUUUACAUUGUUAUAA